GGAGCCCGAUUUGGCCAGAGCUGCGAAUCAGGGUGGCCAGGAGCUCUCAGGACUCCCGCCGGAAAGUGGGGAGCUGAACGCCAGGCGCGGAGCUGGCCCCGCAGCUAAGGGCUAGAGGGAGCUGCCUUCCCCCGCCCGCGCCUCUCUCGGCCGGGGACCGCGGGGGAUCCCCGGCCACACGCGCGCGCGCGCUCCCACAUUCAAUCACACACUCGCCCUCACACACACACCAGCUCGGAGCCUGGGCUGCGGAGAGGACUCCUGGGCGCUCUCAGAGGAUCGGGCAGCUGCUGUCCGGAGUGGGGCAGGAAGCCGAGCUCAGGCUCUCGGAGGGAGGCGCCGAGGGCUUAGCCGGGGCAUGGGGCCGGGUGAGCGCUGAGAGUCGCGGCCGCAGCCAUCAUCCCUGGAGAUGACCAGGGGCGGCCACUGCUGAGAACUAUGUGGAGAGAGGCUGCGAGCCCUGCUGCAGAGCCUCCGGCUGGGAUAGCCGCCCCCCGUGGGGGCGAUGCGGACAGCGCGGGACAGCCAGGGGAGCGCGCGGGGGCCGCAGCAUGCGGGAACCCGCUAAACCCGGUGGCUGCUGAGGCGGCCGAGAUGCUCGUGCGCGCAGCGCGCCCCACUGCAUCCUCGACCUUCUCCGGCUACAGGGACUGUAAGUGGCGACUAUGGGCAGACUGGGCUAUUGGACCUUGCUGGUGCUGCCGGCCCUUCUGGUCUGGCGCGGUCCGACGCAGAGCGCGGCGGCGGCGAAGGGCCCACCGGCGCUGAACAUCGCCGUCCUGCUGGGUCACAGCCACGACGUGACCGAGCGCGAACUGCGAAACCUGUGGGGUCCCGAGCAGGCGGCGGGGCUGCCCAUGGACGUGAACGUGGUAGCGCUGCUGAUGAACCGCACGGACCCCAAGAGCCUCAUCACGCACGUGUGUGACCUCAUGUCAGGGGCCCGCAUCCACGGCCUGGUGUUUGGGGACGACACCGAUCAGGAGGCCGUGGCCCAGAUGCUGGAUUUUAUCUCUUCACAGACUUUCAUCCCCAUCCUGGGCAUCCACGGGGGCGCAUCUAUGAUCAUGGCUGACAAGGAUCCAACGUCCACCUUCUUCCAAUUCGGAGCGUCCAUCCAGCAGCAAGCCACGGUCAUGCUGAAGAUCAUGCAGGAUUACGACUGGCAUGUCUUCUCCCUGGUGACCACCAUCUUCCCUGGCUACCGGGACUUCAUCAGCUUCAUCAAGACCACAGUGGACAACAGCUUCGUGGGCUGGGACAUGCAGAACGUGAUCACACUGGACACGUCCUUCGAGGAUGCAAAGACGCAAGUCCAGCUGAAGAAGAUCCACUCCUCCGUCAUCUUGCUCUACUGUUCCAAAGACGAGGCCGUCCUCAUCCUGAGCGAGGCCCGCUCCCUCGGCCUCACCGGGUACGAUUUCUUCUGGAUUGUCCCCAGCUUGGUCUCAGGAAACACCGAGCUCAUCCCCAAAGAGUUUCCAUCGGGGCUCAUUUCGGUCUCCUACGAUGACUGGGACUACAGCCUGGAGGCCAGAGUGAGGGACGGCCUGGGCAUCCUGACCACCGCCGCGUCUUCCAUGCUGGAGAAGUUCUCCUAUAUCCCCGAGACCAAGGCCAGCUGCUACGGGCAGGCGGAGAAGCCAGAGGCCCCACCGCACACGCUGCACCAAUUUAUGGUCAAUGUGACAUGGGAUGGCAAAGACUUGUCCUUCACCGAGGAAGGCUAUCAGGUGCACCCCAGGCUGGUGGUGAUUGUGCUGAACAAGGACCGCGAAUGGGAGAAGGUGGGCAAGUGGGAAAAUCAGACCCUGAGCCUGAGGCAUGCCGUGUGGCCGAGGUACAAGUCCUUUUCGGACUGUGAGCCAGACGACAACCAUCUGAGCAUCGUCACCCUGGAGGAGGCCCCCUUUGUCAUCGUGGAAGACAUAGACCCGUUGACCGAGACCUGUGUGAGAAACACUGUGCCAUGUCGGAAGUUCGUCAAAAUCAACAAUUCAACCAAUGAGGGCAUGAACGUUAAAAAAUGCUGCAAGGGUUUCUGCAUCGAUAUCCUAAAGAAGCUUUCCAGGACGGUGAAGUUUACCUAUGACCUUUACCUGGUGACUAAUGGGAAGCAUGGCAAAAAAGUCAACAAUGUGUGGAAUGGAAUGAUUGGUGAGGUGGUCUAUCAGCGGGCAGUCAUGGCAGUUGGCUCACUCACCAUCAACGAAGAACGUUCUGAAGUGGUGGACUUCUCUGUGCCCUUUGUGGAGACAGGGAUCAGUGUCAUGGUUUCAAGAAGCAACGGCACUGUCUCACCUUCUGCUUUUCUAGAACCAUUCAGCGCCUCCGUCUGGGUGAUGAUGUUCGUGAUGCUGCUUAUUGUCUCCGCCAUUGCAGUCUUUGUGUUUGAGUACUUCAGUCCUGUUGGGUACAACAGAAAUUUAGCCAAAGGGAAAGCACCCCAUGGGCCUUCUUUUACAAUUGGGAAAGCUAUAUGGCUCCUUUGGGGCCUGGUGUUCAACAACUCCGUGCCUGUCCAGAACCCUAAAGGGACCACCAGCAAGAUCAUGGUCUCCGUGUGGGCCUUCUUUGCUGUCAUAUUCCUGGCAAGCUACACAGCCAAUCUGGCUGCUUUCAUGAUCCAGGAGGAGUUUGUGGACCAAGUGACUGGCCUCAGUGACAAAAAGUUUCAGAGACCACACGACUAUUCCCCGCCCUUUCGGUUUGGCACAGUGCCCAAUGGCAGUACGGAGAGAAACAUUCGGAACAACUACCCUUACAUGCAUCAGUACAUGACCAAAUUCAAUCAGAAGGGAGUCGAAGACGCCUUGGUCAGCUUGAAAACAGGGAAACUGGACGCGUUCAUCUAUGACGCUGCGGUCUUGAAUUACAAGGCCGGGAGGGACGAAGGCUGCAAGCUGGUGACCAUUGGGAGUGGGUACAUCUUUGCCACCACCGGUUACGGAAUUGCCCUCCAGAAGGGUUCCCCUUGGAAGCGGCAGAUUGACUUGGCCCUGCUCCAGUUUGUUGGUGAUGGUGAGAUGGAGGAGCUGGAGACCCUGUGGCUCACGGGGAUCUGCCACAACGAGAAGAACGAGGUGAUGAGCAGCCAGCUGGACGUUGACAACAUGGCGGGCGUCUUCUACAUGCUGGCGGCCGCCAUGGCCCUCAGCCUCAUCACCUUCAUCUGGGAGCACCUCUUCUACUGGAAGCUGCGCUUCUGCUUCACAGGCGUGUGCUCCGACCGGCCGGGCCUGCUCUUCUCCAUCAGCAGGGGCAUUUACAGCUGCAUUCACGGAGUGCACAUUGAGGAAAAGAAGAAGUCUCCGGACUUCAAUCUGACCGGGUCCCAGAGCAACAUGUUAAAACUCCUUCGAUCAGCCAAAAACAUUUCCAACAUGUCCAACGUGAACUCCUCAAGGAUGGAUUCCCCCAAAAGAGCUGCUGACUUCAUCCAAAGAGGCUCCCUCAUCAUGGACAUGGUUUCGGAUAAGGGAAAUCUGAUCUACUCAGACAACAGGUCCUUUCAGGGGAAAGACAGCAUUUUUGGGGACAACAUGAAUGAACUCCAAACCUUUGUGGCCAACAGGCACAAAGAUAACCUCAAUAACUACGUGUUCCAGGGACAGCACCCACUGACCCUCAACGAGUCCAACCCUAACACGGUAGAGGUGGCUGUGAGCACGGAAUCCAAAGGGAACUCCAGGCCCCGGCAGCUUUGGAAGAAAUCCAUGGAUUCUCUACGCCAGGAUUCGCUCAGCCAGAACCCAGUCUCCCAGAGAGAUGAGGGAACCGUGGAGAACAGGACCCACUCCCUAAAGAGUCCUCGGUACCUUCCAGAAGAGGUGGCCCACUCGGACAUCUCAGAAACUUCAAGUCGGGCCACCUGCCACCGGGAGCCUGACAACAGUAAGAACCACAAAGCCAAGGACAACUUCAAAAGGUCGAUGGCCUCCAAAUACCCCAAGGACUGCAGCGAGGUCGAGCGCUCCUACCUGAAAACCAAAGCGAGCUCCCCCAGGGACAAAAUCUACACCAUCGAUGGCGAGAAGGAGCCCAGCUUCCACCUCGAUCCUCCCCAGUUUGUCGAAAACCUGGCCCUUCCCGAGAACGUGGACUUCCCGGACCCCUACCAGGACCACAGCGAAAGCUUCCGCAAGGGGGACUCCACGCUGCCGAUGAACAGGAACCCCCUGCACAAUGAAGACGGGCUCCCCAACAACGACCAGUAUAAACUCUACUCCAAGCACUUCACCUUGAAAGACAAGAGCUCCCCUCACAGCGAGGGCAGCGACCGCUACCGGCAGACCUCCACACACUGCCGGAGCUGCCUGUCCAACCUGCCCGCCUACUCGGGCCACUUCACCAUGAGGUCCCCCUUCAAGUGCGAUGCUUGCCUGCGGAUGGGGAACCUCUACGACAUCGACGAAGACCAGAUGCUCCAGGAGACAGGUAACCCCGCCACCCAGGAGGAGGUCUACCAGCAGGACUGGGCUCAGAGCAGCGCCCUCCAGUUCCAAAAGAACAAGCUAAGGAUUAGCCGUCAGCAUUCCUAUGAUAACAUUGUCGACAAACCUAGGGAGCUAGACCUUGGCAGGCCCUCCCGGAGCAUAAGCCUCAAGGACAGGGAACGGCUUCUGGAGGGAAACUUGUACGGGAGUCUCUGUAGUGUCCCCUCAAGCAGACUCUUGGGGAACAAGGGCUCCCUUGUCCCCCAGGGUCUGGAGGUCAGCAAACGGAGCAAGUCCCUCUUGCCGGACCACGCCUCCGAUAACCCUUUCCUCCACUCCUAUGGGGACGACCAGCGCUUGGUUAUUGGGAGGUGCCCCUCGGACCCUUAUAAACACUCGUUGCCAUCCCAGGCAGCGAAUGACAGCUAUCUCCGAUCGUCCCUGAGGUCGACGGCAUCCUACUGUUCCAGGGACAGUAGAGGCCACAACGAUGUGUAUAUAUCGGAGCAUGUUAUGCCUUAUGCUGCAACUAAGAAUAAUAUGUACUCUGGCCCCAGGGUUUUAAAUUCCUGCAGCAAUAGACGCGUGUACAAGAAAAUGCCUAGUAUUGAAUCUGAUGUUUAAAACCUUCCAUUAAUGUUUUAUCUAUAGGGAAACAUACGUAAUGGCCAACGUUCCGGAGGGUAGAUGUUGGAUGUCCAGUAGUGCCCUGCAAAGAGGAAGAGGAUUUAGGAAGGUAUUUUUUUUUUCCGUUGGUUUCUUUUGCACAUGGCUCCAGGCCAUAGUCUUCCACUCAAGGAAUCUUGUGAGGUGCGUGCUGAGCACAGCAGAUACCGGAUAGGUGAGUCCUUAACCAAAAACCAGUCAAUAAAAGGGCAAGUCUCCUGGACGUGCCUGCUAGCUAUGUUGGCAAUAAUGACGCAUUGGAUGCCAGUGGCGAUGUUAUGAUUUCCUAUAUUCCAUAUUCCAUGAAGACCAGGCCACCAUGGGAUCUCCUCAUCAGAAACGCCUAACGGUUUCUCUAAUACAGAAUAAGCAAUAUGGUAUGCAUGUAAAUCUGGCACAGACAAAAUAAAGCAAGAAUGCAUCUGCACUGUAGUGAGAUUGAGCUGUGCAAGAGAUUAGGAGGUUUGGCUUUACAACCGUGUCAGCUGCAUUGUUAUGCCUUCCAUCACAGCCCAGGCCCAACCCCAGAACUCCAGGCUCCCCCAGAGGAUAGCAAAUCAGUGUGUUCGUGGUAACCGUGCUUCACUCUUGCUGGUCCAUUUCCAAGACACCUCUGGAGUAAACGGCCAGAAGGGCCCUCAGUCAGAGAGCUACAAGAAUCUCUUUGGAUGUCGAUUUGUGCAUUUCACAGACACCCUCUCACCCUUGGCUUCGAUGGUCUUGUUCAGAGCUGCAUAAAUUCACACAUGUAUGUCUUCAGUACCGUAAGUGUGGAUCUCCUGUCUAUGACACAGCGGCCAUUGUAGUUUAUCCCGGAGACUCCUGUGUAUGUAAGUUUGCGUUUCCCCUCCUCCUGGUGAUGACUCAGGGCUGUAUAGUAUCUGUUCCCCUCCUCCUCCCGGAGUAACCAUCACGCGUUUGGUCCCCGAUUCGCCAUGGUGGCGUUCAAUCAGGUGUGCGUUGCUGUUCCCGGCGCUGUGAACGCGGUGGCAGGAGCCAUCUGCCGUACGUGUACUGUGAUCUGUAAGAGGUACAAAGCCAUCUGUCUGCCGAAGGCAAGCGCGGCUGUAGGGUUAUCUUCCUUAACGUCCUGAAAUUCACAUGGGUCCCCCGCCCCUCCCCCCUGCCUCCUCAAAUCAAAAGCCUUCAAAACGUGAGAGACACUCAUACACCUACCCUGAGCAUCCUCCACAUUGUGGAUAAACUUCAGGGGGACAAGUGAUUUCUCUCUUCUGAAACAGCCACUCUAUUGGAGGCAAACUGCCUCACUAGCACCAACAGAGGAGAUGAAAAAUUCCUCAAAACACCUGUCAUUUCGGAGUCACCUCCUUAGCCCAUUCUCACUCUACCCAAACCUGUGUCUAAAUGCUAGGAAAUGAUACUAUUUUUUUAACUGGGGGGGGAGGGGGAGAAUAUAUAAGAUUCUCUGCACAGUGCCUGGUACAUGCAAUGUGCCCCCCAAAAUUAAAGGAAGUUCUGUUACGACACUUCAUCAGAUGAGAAUUUUCUGGUUUAAAAAUUAAAUAGGACACAAAUAAUACUAAUGAAACAUUUUAUAUAGCUCUAAUCUAGCAAUUAGUGUGUUUUAAAUACAUGAAUAUCCCUGAAAUGCUCCCUGGGUGGGGAGCCGUCAGUUUUACAGAGGACGGGGGUCUGUUUCGGUGUCCUGUUACGGAAGCCCCAGGCUAAUGUUCAGUAGCCAUUUCCUGGUUUCCUCCUGUUUCUGUUCUGGGUUCUUGGAGGAGGGGACAGAACCCGCAGGUUGAAAAGUUCUCCUGUGUCUUUUAGUCGUGAUGUGCUUCGUUUCACAGGUCGUGCUUCCCUGCGAGUGGGCAGGCACCAGGAUAACUCUCUUAGAGCCCAAGGGUUCAUUGAGUGGCUCCCUCUUUGAGAAAGCGCACCUGACCUCCUGUUUUCCUGUAAUGAUGAAAAGUGGUUGCCAUAAAUUUCGGGGUGGGUGGUCGAGAGGCAGAGGGAAGUGUUCCCAUCGUCUUUGACAUGGAAAGGCAGGAGGGGCUGACUUGGUGCUGGAGACGAAUGUACGUGAAUGUUGCACUUUAUUUCUUGGAUGUUGGGCCUUUGCUGCCUCAGGACCCAACAAUGGAGGAGCUUAGAUUGAAGGACCUGGAAUAGUGUCUCCCCCCCCCCCAGCGUCUAAUCUUAGGCACACCCGUGACCGUAUCGUCUUUUAGAACUUCCUGCCUCUGCCCUUCCACUGCAUCCCAGUCCUGUACUCCCUUAGCCAGGACCGCCUCCAGUCCCUCAUAAGACUGGCAUGUCUUAGCAUGACAUGGAUUGAAAAGUGUCCCCAGGAUACAGAGCAGUGGUAUGUCGCCAACCCAAAGAGGCUGCUCCUCUUUCUCCAGUGUCCUCAAAACUCAGGGGGCUGCCAAAUGUGACAAGAGAUCUCAGGGAGAGUGGGAAUUGCACUCGGAAUGGUCCCAUAGAUCAAAAGCCUUCUCCUAACAACAGCAUCAGCUCUGCUCUUAACCCCGUACUUCCCUGGGUAUAGAAACGGAAGUAUGGGUUUGGGGGGAGCCAACAGUAAUGUAGUGGGGAACGGUACCUACUUACUUUAAUAGCUGAAGUGUUUUUAAAAACAUAAGUAACUAGAAUGGGAUGCUCUGUAGUAAAUACACAAUUUCCCUCCUCCACAAAUUCACUGACUCCUAGUAGAGAUGAUCCCAAACACUAGACAAUUGGCCAUUGAUCGGAUGGUCGCUCUCCAAGUGACAGACAGUGAUGACAAGCUAUUCGGAGGUUAUCCCAGCCAUUCCAGGCCUCUGGGGAAAGAUGGCAGGAAGAUGGCAUCCAACAGUAAGUCGCACCUGCAGGACGGGAGGCGACAAGAAUUAGAUAGGAAGCCCUGAACCAUGGGUCCAUCACAGAGGGUUCCCCUGACACAUCUCAGCUCUGAGUUCUCAGUUUUAUUGAUGCCAAGGGUGCAGACUCUCUGAGCCCAAAGGCGUGCCUGAGUUUCAUCUGACUCAGGUCAGAGCUGUGGCGUCCGUAGUGGUAAUGCAUCACCUCUGCAUGCUUUUCUCCCACUUGAGAAGGACCCAGCUGGUUGUCAGAUAGGAAACACUACACAAACGGAACCAACUGAAAAUAUUCUGUG